CAGGGAGGAAGCCCUGCCUGAAAAGGCUGCAGCUUAGGUUUCACUUUAUCUUCUUCUUGCCCAGCAUCUGAGCAUAUCUUCUGUCACUCCUGAGGGAGCGGAGCAGCAAACGUUAUCCAAUCAGGAUCGCUGGGCUGGGAACCGUCCAAUCAGGCACGCAACUGGAGUGGACAGGACGGCUUCCGGGAUUUGGCGGGGCCUUUGUCUCUGGCUGCAGCCGGAGGUCCUGGUCUUCUCUUCACCGCUCACUGUCCUCUGCUCCUAGAGGCCCAGCCUCAGUGUCCCUGUGACCUGCAGAUAUUGGGAGAUCCACAGCUAAGACGCCGGGACUCCCUGGAAACCUAGAGAUGAUGCUUGCCUCCACUGUUAGAUGAACCCCAGCCACACCAAUGGCCUGUAGGGAUUUCAAGGCGUCCAGACCACAGUGCCCAGCAGCCCCUCCAGGGCCAUGCUUCAGGUGCCAUAAAAAUGGCCACUGGAACAAGGAAUGCCUGCAGCCUGGGAUACCUCCUAAGCCAUACCCUGUUUGUGCUGGCCCUCACUGGAAGUCAGACUGUCCAACUCAAGCUGCCAUCCCUAGAGCUCCUGGAGCUCAACCUCACAGCCCCCUGGCUGACUCCUUUCCUGAUGUCGUCGGCUUGGUGGCUGAGGAAUGACGCUGCCUGAACACCUCAGAGGCCCCCUGGACCAUCAUGGACCUCAGGAACCAUUGACAUUUAAAGAUGUGGCCAUAGAAUUCUCUCUGGAGGAGUGGCAAUGCCUGGAUACUGCACAGCGGGAUUUAUAUAGGAAUGUGUUGUUAGAGAACUACAGAAACCUGGUCUUUUUGGGUAUUGCUGUCUCUAAGCCAUAUCUGAUCACCUGUCUGGAGCAAAAAAAAGAGCCCUGGAAUAUAAAAAGACAUGAGAUGGUAGCCAGACCCCCAGUAAUGUCUUUUCAUUUUGCCCAAGACCUUUGGCCAGAGCAGAACAUAAAAGAUUCUUUCCAAAAAGUGACACUGAGAAGAUAUGGAAGAUGUGAAUAUGAGAAUUUACAGUUAAGAAAAGGCUUUAAACAUGUGGAUGAGUGUAUGGGGCACAAAGGAGGUCAUAAUACAGUUAAACAAUGUUUGACAGCUACACCAAGCAAAAUAUUCCAAUGUAAUAAAUAUGUGAAAGUGUUUGAUAAAUUUUCAAAUUCAAAUAGAUAUAAGAGAAGACAUACACGAAACAAACACUUCAAAUGUAAAGCAUGUGGCAAAUUAUUUUGCAUUCUUUCACAACUAACUCAGCAUAGAAGAAUUCAUACUAGAGUGAAUUCCUACAAAUGUGAAGAAUGUGGAAAAGCCUUUAACUGGUUCUCAGCUCUUAGUAAACAUAAGAGAAUUCAUGCUGGAGAAAAACCCUACAAAUGUGAAGAAUGUGGCAAAGUCUUUAACCAGUCCUCACAACUUACUAGGCAUAAGAUAAUUCAUACUGAAGAGAAACCCAACAAAUAUGAAGAAUGUGGCAAGGCCUUUAAACAGGCCUCACGCCUUAGUAUACAUAAAAUAAUUAAUACUGGAGAAAAACCUUACAAAUAUGAAGAAUGUGACAAAGUCUUUAGCCAGUCCUCACACUUUACCACACAAAAGAUACUUCACACUGGCGAGAACCUCUAUAAAUGUGAAGAAUGUGGAAAAGCUUUUAACCUAUUCUCAAAUCUUACUAACCAUAAGAGAAUACAUGCUGGGGAGAAACCCCACAAAUGUGAAGAAUGUGGAAAAGCUUAUAACCGAUUCUCAAACCUAACUAUACAUAAGAGAAUUCAUACGGGAGAGAAACCUUACCAGUGUGCAGAGUGUGGCAAAGCCUUUAACUGCUCCUCAACCCUUAGUAGACAUAAGAUAAUUCAUACUGGAGAGAAACCCUACAAAUGUGAAGAAUGUGGCAGAGCUUUUAGCCAGUCUUCAAACCUUACUGAACAUAAGAAAAUUCAUACUGGAGAGAAACCCUACAAAUGUGAAGAAUGUGGCAAAGCUUUUUACCAAUCCUCAAACCUUACUACACAUAAGAAAAUUCAUACUUCAGAGAAACCCUACAAAUGUGGAGAUUAUGGCAAAGCUUUCAACCUAUCCUCAAAUCUUACUACACAUAAGAAAAUUCAUACUGGAGAGAAGCCCUACAAAUGUGAAGAAAGUGGCAAAACUUAAUUGAUCCUAAAAACUUACUACACAUAAGAAAAUUCAUACUGGAGAGAAUCUCCAGAAAUAUGAAGAAUAUGUUAAAGCCUUUAACAAGUCUUCAAUCUUUUCUACACACAGAAGAUAUUUUAUACUGGUGAGAAACCCUACAAAUGUAAAGAAUGUGGAAAAGCUUUUAACUAAUCUUCAAACCUUACUGAACGUGAGAAAAUUCGUACUGGGGAGAAUGCUACAAAUGUGUAAAAUGUGGCAAAGCAUUUAACUGGUCCUCAACUUUUACUAAACAUAAGGUAAUUCAUACUGGAGAGAAGCCAUACAAAUGAGAAGAAUGUGACAAUGCCUUUAAUCAGUCCUCACACCUUUCUACACUUAAGACAGUUUAUACUGGACAGGCAUUCUAUAAUUGGGAAGAAUGUGGUGAAGCUUUUAACCAAUCCUCAUACCUUACCAUACAGAAAUUCAUACUGGAGAGAAAGUCUACAAUUGUGAAGAAUGUUGCAAAGCUUUUAACCUUCCGUAACCCUUACUGCAGAUAAGAAAAUUCAUACUGGAAAGAAACCCUACAAAUGUGAAGUCUGUGGCAAAGCUUUUAACUGAUUCUCAACUCUUAACUACAUGUAAGAGUAUUUAUACUGGAGAAAAAUCCUACAAAUGUAAAAAAUGUGGCAAUACCUUAACUGAUCCUCACACCUUGCUACACAUAAGACAAUUUAUACUUUGAGAGAAACCCUGCAAAUGUGAAUAAUGUGGCAACACUUUAAACCAAUCCUCAAACCUCACUAAACAUAAUACUGAAAACUUUACAAACCUGAAUGAUGUGACAAUAAUUUUGACAACACCUCAAAUUUCCUAACAUAAAUUAUACUGGUGAAAAAUCCUAGAAAUGUGAAAAAUGUCACACAGCCUUUAAAUGGUUGUCACACUUGAUUGUAGAUAAGAUCAUACUGAAGAAAACUCCCAGAAGUGUGAAGAAUGUGGUAACACUUUUAAUAAAUGCUCACCCCUUAUUGCACAGGAAAGCAUUUAUGCCUCUGAAAGAUUGUACAAAUACAAGGAAUGUGGAAAAGCCAUUAUUAUCUGCUCACAUUUUACUCAACAUUAGAGAGUUAGUACUUAAUAAAAACAUUAUAAAUGCAAUUUUUGUCAAGAGAUCUUUCAGAAAAUAUAAGCCUUUAAAGUGAAGAAGAGGAGCCAGGUGUGCUGGCUCACAUCUGUAAUGCCAGCACUUUGGGAGGCUGUGGUGGGUGGAUCACAGGAGGGCAGGAGUUUGAGACCAGCCUGGCCAGCAUAGCAAAACCCCAUCUCCAUUAAAAAUUUCACAAAAAUUAGCUGCGUAUGGUGGCAAGCCCCUGUAAUCCCAGCUACUUGGGAGGCUGAAGCAGAAUUGCUCAAACCUGGGAGGCAAAGGUUGCAGUGAGCUGAAGUCACACCACUACGCUCCAGCCAAGGCAACAAGAGCAAAAACUUUGUCUCAAAAACAAAACCAAAAAGAAAAAAAGAAAAGAGUAUUCAUUUUGAGGACAAACGUUACAAAUACGAGAGGGUUUUAGUACCUUUACUUGUAUCACAGAUAUUGUUGUACCCAUUUUGUACUAGAGGAAAAUCCUGAAGCAGUUGCUCAAACUUUAUUCACCAGAAAAUUUAUAUUGGAGAAAAACACUGUAAAUGUAAUGCAUUUGGAAAAACGUUUUUAAAAAUACUACAGCUUAGAAAAUACCAGAGGCCUCAUACUAAAAUAUAUUUUUGCAAGUGCAGUAAAUAUAAAAAUAAUUUAAUCCAAAAUUAAGUCUAUGUAAAUAUCAGAGAAUUCAUAGUAGAAAUAUCUAAGAUAUUGACACUUCAGACAUUGCACUAAAUCAGAAUGCUGAGUAUAGAAAAUAAUUUAAAGCUAAAGUUGGUAGAUAAAUUGUAUAUAACUUUAAAAGAAGUAGAUUUUUUUGUAGAUUAUUACAUUCAAAUUAUAUUUUUUCUUGAAAAAUUAGUUUUUGAAAAGCAAAUGAUGUAAUUCAACUCUCAAAUUACUUCAUGCUCUUCAUUCCUAUUCACACAUGAAAGCAUGUGAUUAAUUUUUCAUGCAUCAAAGAUAUGAAAAAUCAUUUCUGUUAGGUGGGUAUUAUUUAUGAUACUUUCUAUGAAAGAAUAAGGACAUUAAAAUGUAAGAUGCAUGAUGAAAACCUGAGUGAAGAGGCUUUUUGUGUUUAACUUAUAAUAUUGAGUGAUCCAUGAAGUAGGUGUUCAGAGCAAUAUUCUUCUGCAUUCUGGUAAAAAAAUUUUAAUCUUAAUUAGUAGUACAUCAUUUUGCUAACCACUUUUAUGUGAUAAAAUUGUGUGUUAAAAAUUUUUGGAUUACGUGUGAACUUAAUUUUUGAAUUAACCUUUUUUUUUUUUUAACAUGUUAAAACUAUUGUGCAUUCAAUGAAGUGUUUUCAUGCCACUGACUUUACCUGUCCCGCAUUACUCAAGGGUUUAGGUAAAAGAGGGUAACAAUAUACUACUUGAUAACAUAAUGGACUAACAUCUCUGGUAAUUAUUUUUGCUAAUGGCUUUAAACUACUAAUAAAGAAUAUUGUUCCCAUAGUUUAGAUUUUUAUUGUUUUUAAAACUUAAACUUAUUUCUCUUAAUUUUUGUGGAUACAUAGUGUGUGUAUAUCUUUAUGCCAUGUAUGGUCUAUUUUGAUACAGGCAUAUAAUUUUAUGUAUUAAUCACUUCAGGGCAAAAGACGUAUCCAUUAACUCCAGCAUUUCUCCUUUGUGUUACAAACCAAUUACACACUUUCAGAUACUUUAGAAUGUACAAUUGUUACUGACUACAGAGUCAUUUUAUGGUUGUAAUAAAAAUUACAUACAAGUAUAAAUAAAUCAUGAGGAAAUUCUGAGUUCUUAAUAAACAUUUAAAAAUGUUA